UAAUACGAAACUUGUUUUUCACAUUUCGCCCACCCUCGCUAUGAACGCCCGAGUAGAACCACCGGAGAAGAAGAAGAAGAAGAAGAAGAGAAAAACAAAGGAUUCGUCACCGCCUCCGCCUCCGCCUCCGCCGUCGUCAACUCCUUCGUUUUCUUUACUCCCAGAUGAAAUCUGUGAGAAUUACCUAGCUCGGAUCUCGAGAUCGUACUACCCAACACUCUCGAUCGUUUCCACAACCUUCCGCUCAAUCCUCUCUUCCACAGAGCUCUACAAAGCCAGAGCUCAACUAGGAAGCACCGAGCAGUGUCUCUAUGUCUGUCUAUCGGAUCGCAGUUAUCAAUUUCCCCAAUGGUUUACACUCUGGAUUAACCCUAAUCGAACCCUACCCAACUCCUUUAACAAGAGGAGGAAGAAGAAGAAGAAGAAGAAGGGACAGUUGUUGGUUCCGAUUACCUCUUCUAAUUUCAAUUCUCAAUCAGUCUCCGUCGCAGUUGGUUCAGAAAUUUAUGUAAUCGGUGGACCAGUCGAUAGAGCACCGUCUUCCGCCGUGAGAGUCCUCGAUUGUUGCAGUCACACUUGGCGUGAUGCCCCUAGUAUGAUCGUAGCUCGGAACUAUGCAUCAGCUUGUGUCUACGAUGAGAAGAUAUACGUAAUGGGAGGGUGCCAAGGAUCAGAGGACGAAUCGUGGGGCGAGGUGUUCGACACAAAGACUCAGACUUGGGAACUUCUCCCUGAUCCGGGUAUAGAGGUACGUAAAGGUUACGCUCAUACACGUAGAAUCUCAGAGUGCAAAGGAAAGAUCCAAUUGGAGAAUGGAAUGAAUGUGUAUGCUUACGACACAAAGUUAGGUAAAUGGGAAUGCUGUGAUGAUAUCAAGAGUGAAAUGUUUCCGGGUUCAACAUGUGUGAUAGAUGAUGUUUCUUAUCGCUAUUGGCGCUACAUGUUCUUGUGGUUUGACAUAGAAAAGGGUGUUUGGAAAGAGGUGAAAGGGUUAGACUUACUAGGAGUCAAGCACCAGAGGAAUUUUGGCGCUACUUAUAAUACGACUAAACUUGUCAGCUGUGGUGGGAAACUCUUACUUAUUUGGGAAGGGUUUUUGAGGUAUUGUUCUAAUUAUAAGAAGAUUUGGUGUGCGGAAAUUGUGGUGGAAAAGCGUGGUGGAGGUGAGGUUUGGGGAAUGGCUGAGUGGGUUGAUGUUGUGCAUACAGUCCCUUCAUCAUGUAAGCUCUGGGAUAGUCUAGUCGUCACGGUUUGAUUGACAUUUUAUCCAAGUUGGGGAAAGGAGAUAGAAGCAGAGGCAAAAAGGAGAGCAACAAGAGUAGAGGAGAUUAAUUAGUUAAGGUUAUAAAAUAGAAAGUCAUGUUUGUGAACAUGAAACUUCAUUUUGUCAAACUAGGUACAGUAAAUUAGUAUUUGUUGCUGGAUAUAUCUAUCUAAUCCAUUGUUGAUACACAAAUCUGAUUCCAUAACUUUGUAUUACCAUCUAUGCUUUAUAAAUUGUGAUUGAGUCUUUCUUUUCGGA